AUGUCGUGGAAUUUACAGGCAACACCUUACAAACGUGUUGAGCGGGCACAGCUCAUCUUUGAUCGCAUCUUCCGCGCCAACCUCCCUGACGUCCUCCUGCUCCAGGAAGUCAACCGUGACGUGCGCAAGGCUAUCCUGGCCGACCCCAAGCUGCGCGGGGGCUUCCUGAUGUCGGACGCGGACUCCGAAGACGACAGUGCAUUCUUCCCCUUCUCGACGAUGACCCUCCUGUCCAGGAAGCGCUUCGCAGCGGGCGGAGUAUCCAGCGGAGAGGACCAGCUGCAGAAAAUGGUGAUUAGCGACGCCUUCCGCAUGACACUGCCCAGCCGCGACGACAGGGACGCGCUCUGCAUCGACGUGUCUGACCCAGUCACGCCGGGUCACGUGCUGCGCCUCAUCAAUGUGCACCUCGAAUCGCUCGACGCCGCUUUCCGACGUGGCUUCCAGCUGUACCUGAUGAAUGCCCUCCUCCGCGAGGCUGGGUGCAGCGGCGGCGUCAUCGCAGGGAGUUUCAACGCUUUUGAGCCGUACGAUCUCACGCUUGUCGAGCAACACGGGCUGCUCGAUGCGUGGGUCAAGUUGCACGGGCCGCUCCCCCGGGCCGACGUGGGGCACUGGCGUCGACCUCGACGACGGCCUCCAGCCGGCCCGCCUCGACAAGGUCGUGAUGCUUGGCCUUGA